UAUGUCCUUCCCUUCCGUCUUAGUCAUAAAUUUGGCCUUUUGCCAAAAGCUUGUUCUUAAUAUUCAUGGAUAAGCCAGCUCUGAACACAAUUGAGAGAAAGCGUUCGCACAGAGCACGAUUCAAAACAUUGAGUGUGGACACAGGGCUAAUAAAGAAGCCUUGCAAAUAUCCCUGAUGCGACCAACGAGGACCUCUUCGACGACCUCUUCGACGACCUCAUUCGAUCGCAUCAUCAUGAAAGGAUGGCUUCUCAAGUUUAUUUUCCUGUGUUUGGGACUAUUUCUGGUGCUCAAGGCUUCCCAAACGUGGCUAUUCACACCUUCAGCUUGGCUGGAACGAGUGGACUUUGACGGAGAUCUUAAUACGGACCCGUUUCGUGACGAUUACUUCUAUCACGAUCACGAUCCCAACGUGAAAACACAACGAUGUGACGCCUGUCGAUUGAUUGCCCAACGCUUUGAUACGGCUUUUGAGACCGCCGAGUCCAAGUUGCCUGAGGAUCGAGAGGAGCUCAACGUAUCAGAAGUGCUCGAGAUUGUGAACUUCGUUUGUUCCACCAGAACCUUCGCCACUGUCCAACCCUUCCAAAUGCGGGACUAUCACCGUUUGGCUGCCAAGGGCUUAGAAACGUGGAACUAUUGGCAACGAGUUUCAAUGCUCCAAGACGAGGACACGUUGGCCAAAUCUGCCGACGAAUCGCCCGUGGAUUGGCCUCAAAGGCUCUCCAAUCACUGCCAGUAUUUCGCGGAGAAGCUUCAAGGCUUGGAUGUCUACGAUAUGUGGCUCAGAACGUCGGCUGGAUCUCGGGAAGGGUACGAAACCUUUCUGUGCUAUGGAGAGGCUAUCUUUGGCGAUUGCUUGGAGUGGAUUCCAAAUCAUGAGAAAUGGCCGGCAGGGGAUGAAGCCCUCACCCCAAACGCUGAAGAGGAGACCUUGGGCAAUAUGGGAGAGGAUUUCCAGCAUUUGGAAGAGAUUGCCAUGGUCUGGGAGAGACCCACGAAUUCAGCUCCUUCGUUCUACUCAUAGUAUUUCAUUCUUUUUGCAAUAAAGUUUUGUCAAUGCUCGUUAGCCGUCAAGAAAUACAAACAGGAAUUGUC